AUGGGGACUACAGGACUCCAAUUCACGUUAUGGCUCAUCUACCAGACGCUGCUGGUCGGCUCACUCUCUCAGCCUGCUAAUGCAUCUCACAUCGGCCGAGUGUGCACAACUUGGGGACACUAUCACUGGAAGACCUUUGAUGGAGAGUUCUUCCAGCUGGCCUCCACUUGUAACCAUGUCCUGGCCUCACAGUGUAAAGGCAGCUAUGAGAAUUUCAACAUCCAAAUGAGGCGCAAAAUAGUCAACAACAUCCCCACUAUCAGCAAAAUCAUCAUCAAGCUGGACGGUUCUGUGGUGGAACUCUCCAGCGGCUCCGUGAUUUUCAAUGACAAGACGGUGUCUCUGCCACUGGUCUCAUUCGGGGUGACUGUCAAGAAGACCACAUCUAGUAUCACUGUUGAAGCUUCACUGGGAAUCAGAGUUGUCUGGAACCUGGAAGACUCCCUGGAUAUUGAAAUAGAUAACAAAUACCAGAACCAGAUCUGUGGACUCUGUGGAAACUUUGACGGCAUAUCCAAUGAUUUGGUGAAUGACGGAGUUCCACUGUCUGUGGCAGAUUAUGCUGAGACCUAUAAGGUAAACGGGCCAACAGAGAGUUGUGAGGAGCCUGAGCUCAACCCGGUCCUGAGCUGUGGAAAUAAGGAAUUCUGUGAGCAGAUCUUCUCUAGUGCUCCAUUCAGCGAAUGCCAAAACCUUCUGGAUAUGGAAUCCUUCAGUAAAGCAUGCAUGGCUGAUAUGUGCAACUCUAAGGACAGCACUGACUCUGUCCUCUGCAAAACCAUCUCAGAGUUCUCCAGAGAGUGUGUCCAUGCAGGCGGCAAGCCCCAACAAUGGAGGAAUACUACUUUUUGCCACAAGAGAUGUCCAAACAACAUGCAGUUUUUGGAGUGUACCAGCUCUUGUACUGACAGCUGCUCCAAUCCUCAGGCCAGCCAGACAUGUGACAGUCACUGCCAUGAUAGCUGCAGCUGCCCUGCCGGAAUGGUCUUUGAUGACAUCAGUAACACUGGCUGUGUUGCAGUGGAUCAGUGUCCGUGUCUGCACAACGACAAAGUCUACAAGUCAGGAGAGUCUUACUCUUACAACUGUAGAUCCUGUGUGUGUGAGAGUGGCCAGUGGAGGUGUACGGAGGAGAACUGUCCGGGAACCUGUUCUGUGGAGGGAGGAGCCCACGUCAACACCUUCGAUGGGAAAGUCUACACCUUCCAUGGGGACUGCUCCUAUGUUCUGGCUAAGCAAAGUAAUGGAUCCUCAUACACUGUACUAGUUGAUCUGGUCAAGUGUGGUCUGGCUGACAGUAGGACCUGCCUCAGAGCUGUGACUCUGGCCUUAAACAGCAAGUCUGUGGUUUUGAAAAUUCAGGCAUCCGGGCAGGUCUAUGUGAACCAGAUUCUCUCUCAGCUUCCACUGUUUACAUCUGAGCUGAGUGCAUUCAGGCCAUCAUCCUUCUACAUCCUCAUAAACACCAAGGUGGGCAUACAAGUGAUGAUCCAGCUGUCCCCCGUGAUGCAGGUCUUCAUCUCGGCUCAGCCUUCACUCAAAGGAACCACCUCUGGUUUGUGUGGGAACUUCAACAACAUAAUGAGUGAUGAUUUCAGGGUGAUGAGUGGGCUGGUGGAGGGCACUGCUGCAGCAUUUGCCAACUCUUGGAAAACCAGAGCCUCAUGCCCUGAUGUCACAACACGCUUUGGACACCCCUGUAGCCAGGGCAUCAGCAAGGAGAGUUAUGCCCAGUACUGGUGCUCCAAGUUAACAGAUCCCAAGGGAGUGUUUGCUCCUUGCCACUCUGUCAUUAGCCCCAGGACAUACAAAGAUAACUGCAUGUAUGACAGCUGUAACUGUGAGAAAAGUGAGGACUGCAUGUGUGCUGCAGUGUCCUCCUAUGUCUUUGCCUGUUCAGUGGCAGGAAUGCAGAUCACCGGCUGGAGGGAAACCAUCUGUGGCAAAUUCAGUACAUCUUGUCCAACGGAAACAGUGUAUGACUACAACAUGACCUCCUGUGGUCGUACCUGCCGUUCCCUCAGCCAGGUUGACUUCUCCUGCCAGGCUAGCUUCACCACAGUGGAUGGCUGUGGCUGUGCCGAGGGAACCUACAUGAACGAGGACCGCCAGUGUGUGGCCAGUGCAAGCUGUCCCUGCUAUGAUGAAGACACCAUUAUUCCUGCUGGACAGGCUGUCAGCAAAGACGGCAUCACAUGUAUCUGCAGACAAGGAGUUCUCAGCUGCUCAGGAGGGACACAACUAAAAUCCUUACCAACAUGCAUUGGCCCCAUGGUUUACUUUGACUGUGCCACUGCUCAGCCUGGGAUGUCUGGGACUGAGUGUCAGAAGAGCUGCAGCACUCUGGACAUGGCUUGUAUCAGUACUGGCUGUACAUCAGGCUGCAUGUGCCCUGAUGGCCUGGUGUCAGAUGGAACAGGAGGCUGUAUCAAUGAGACCAGCUGUCCAUGUCUACACAAUGGACAGGUCUACCAGCCUGGGCAGACACUGACUGUGGGCUGCAACACCUGCUAUUGCAGCAGCAGGAAGUUCACAUGUACCACCAACGUGUGUGAUGAGGUUUGUGGGAUCUAUGGCGAUGGUCACUAUGUCACAUUUGAUGAUAAGAGAUUUGACUUCAGUGGACAAUGUGAAUACACACUCCUCCAGGACUACUGUGGCACUGGUCAGGGCAAUGGGAGCUUCAGAAUUAUAAGUGAGAAUGUUCCAUGUGGAAGCACAGGAACCACCUGUUCCAAGACCAUCAAGAUCUUUGUUGGGGAUAAUGAAUUCCAGCUUAAAGAUGAGAACUUCCAGGUGGUGAAGGGCAGCAGCCAGGUGUUCCCUGCUCAGGUACACAAGAUGGGUAUUUAUCUGGUGGUGACAAUCAAGCCAGGACUUGUGCUCAUGUGGGACCAGAAGACCAGUCUUUUCAUUAAACUCAGUCCAAAGUUCCAGGGUCAAGUCUGUGGUCUGUGUGGAAACUAUGAUGGUAACAGUAAGAAUGACUUCACCACACGCUCCCAGGAGACAGUAGCAGAUGUUUUACAAUUUGGCAAUAGUUGGAAGGUUUCAUCCAGUUGCCCCAGUGCUCAACUCAUCGAUGAUCCCUGUGCCUCCAACCGCUACCGAGCAGCCUGGUCCCAGAAACAGUGUAGCAUCAUCACCAGCGUCACCUUCAAGAGCUGUCAUUCACAGGUUGACCCAGGGCCAUACUUUGAUUCUUGUGUGAGAGACUCUUGUGCUUGUGACACCGGUGGGGACUGUGAAUGUCUCUGCACUGCUGUGGCUGCCUAUGCCAAAGCUUGUAAUGAAGCUGGAGCGUGUGUUAAAUGGAGAACUCCAAAGCUGUGCCCUAUUUUCUGUGACUACUAUAACUCCCCUGAUGGCUGUGAGUGGCACUACAAGCCUUGUGGAGCUGACUGCAUGAAGACAUGUAGGAAUCCAUCAGGAAACUGUUCCAAUCUCAUCACUUCCCUGGAAGGCUGCUAUCCACAGUGUCCUCCAACCCAGCCAUACUUCGAUGAAGACACCAUGAAGUGUGUCGCCUGGGGCCAAUGUGGCUGCUAUGAUGACAAAGGCACCCAUUACAGCAUCGGAGAUAAGGUUCCAUCAAACAACUGUUACACUUGCUCCUGUACAGUCUCUGGAAUAAGGUGCAACUACAAUGUGAACUCUUGUACAUGCUUUAUUAAUGGGAAAACCUACAAAUAUGGGGCUACUAUCUACAACACCACGGAUGGACUGGGACACUGCAUUGUAGCUAAAUGUGAAGCCAAUGGUACCGUAACCAGGAACAUGUACCCAUGCUUAACCACCACCACUCCUGGCCCUACAACAUCCCCCUUUACAUUCAGCACAGCUGUAAUAACAACUUCAGUCAAAUCCACAGCAUCCAUGUUUACUACAACAACCACAGAGGGAACCACCAUCAAACGUGGAGAAACAACCACAUCAGAGGAAACAACAAUAAAGGUUGAAACAACAAAGUCACCGAAAGUAACCACUGGUCCACUCACAACCUCCACCACAGCUGUUGUUGAAACUACAACCUCAUUGCCAGGGGUCACUACAACAAGUCCAGAAACAGUUGUCACAUCCAAGCCUUCUGUUGGUACAAGUACUACUGAAGUACAAUCAACAACCACAAAGGGAACCACCACCAAACGUGGAGAAACUACCAUAUCAGAGGAAACAACUGUGACGGUUGAGACAACAAAACCACCUAAAGAAGUCACCACUGGCCCAGUCACAACCUCCACCACAGCUGUUGUUGAAACUACAACCUCAUUGCCAGGGGUCACUACAAAAAGCCCAGAAACAACAGUUGUCACAUCCAAACCUUCUGUUCGCACAGGUACUACUGAAGUACCAUCAACAACCACAGAGGGAACCACCAACAAACGUAAAGAAACAACCACAUCAGAGGAAACAACAGUAAAGGUUGAAACAACAAAGCCACCAAAAGUAACCACUGGCCCAGUCACAACCUCCACCACAGCUGUUGUUGAAACUACAACGUCAUUGCCAGGAGUCACGACAAAAGGUCCAGAAACAACAGUGGUCACAUCCAAACCUUCUGUUGGUACAAGUACUACUGAAAUACCAUCAACAUCCACAAAGGGAACCACCACUAAACGUGGAGAAACAACCAUAUCAGAGGAAACAACCGUAAAGGUUGAGACAACAAAGCCACCGAAAGUAACCACUGGUCCAGUCACAACCUCCACCACAGCUGUUGUUGAAACUACAACCUCAUUGCCAGGGGUCACGACAAAGAGUCUAGAAACAACAGUUGUCACAUCCAAACCUUCUGUUGGUACAAGUACUACUGAAGUACCAUCAACAACCACAAAGGGAACCACCACCAAACGUGAAGAAACAACCAUAUCAGAGGGAACAACUGUGACGGUUGAGACAACAAAGCCACCUAAAGAAAUCACCACUGGCCCAGUCACAACCUCCACCACAGCUGUUGUUGAAACUACAACCUCACUUCCAGGGGUCACAACAAAAAAUCCAGAAACAACAGUUGUCACAUCCAAACCUUCUGUUAGUACAAGUACUACUGAAAUACCAUCAACAACCACAAAGGGAACCACCACCAAACGUGGAGAAACAACCACAUCAGAGGAAACAACAAUAAAGGUUGAAACAACAAAGCCACCAAAAGUCACCACUGGCCCAGUCACAACCUCCACCACAGCUGUUGUUGAAACUACAACCUCAUUGCCAGGGGUCACUACAACAAGUCCAGAAACAGUUGUCACAUCCAAGCCUUCUGUUGGUACAAGUACUACUGAAGUACCAUCAACAACCACAAAGGGAACCACCACCAAACGUGGAGAAACUACCAUAUCAGAAGAAACAACUGUGACGGUUGAGACAACAAAACCACCUAAGGAAGUCACCACUGGCCCAGUCACAACCUCCACCACAGCUGUUGUUGAAACUACAACCUCAUUGCCAGGAGUCACGACAAAAGGUCCAGAAACAACAGUGGUCACAUCCAAACCUUCUGUUCGUACAAGUACUACUACAGUACCAUCAACAACUACAAAGGGAACCACCACCAAACGUGGAGAAACUACCAUAUCAGAGGAAACAACUGUGACGGUUGAGACAACAAAACCACCUAAGGAAGUCACCUCUGGCCCAGUCACAACCUCCACCACAGCUGUUGUUGAAACUACAACCUCAUUGCCAGGAGUCACGACAAAAGGUCCAGAAACAACAGUGGUCACAUCCAAACCUUCUGUUGGUACAAGUACUACUGAAAUACCAUCAACAUCCACAAAGGGAACCACCACCAAACGUGGAGAAACAACCACAUCAGAGGAAACAACAAUAAAGGUUGAAACAACAAAGCCACCAAAAGUAACCACUGGCCCAGUCACAACCUCCACCACAGCUGUUGUUGAAACUACAACCUCAUUGCCAGGGGUCACUACAACAAGUACAGAAACAGUUGUCACAUCCAAGCCUUCUGUUGGUACAAGUACUGCUGAAGUACCAUCAACAACCACAAAGGGAACCACCACUAAACCUGGAGAAACUACCAUAUCAGAGGAAACAACUGUGACGGUUGAGACAACAAAACCACCUAAAGAAGUCACCACUGGCCCAGUCACAACCUCCACCACAGCUGUUGUUGAAACUACAACGUCAUUGCCAGGGGUCACUACAAAAAGUCCAGAAACAACAGUGGUCACAUCCAAACCUUCUGUUCGUACAAGUACUACUACAGUACCAUCAACAACUACAAAGGGAACCACCACCAAACGUGGAGAAACUACCAUAUCAGAGGAAACAACUGUGACGGUUGAGACAACAAAACCACCUAAGGAAGUCACCACUGGCCCAGUCACAACCUCCACCACAGCUGUUGUUGAAACUACAACCUCAUUGCCAGGGGUCACUACAACAAGUCCAGAAACAGUUGUCACAUCCAAGCCUUCUGUUGGUACAAGUACUACUGAAAUACCAUCAACAUCCACAAAGGGAACCACCACCAAACGUGGAGAAACAACCACAUCAGAGGAAACAACCGUAAAGGUUGAGACAACAAAGCCACCGAAAGUAACCACUGGUCCAGUCACAACCUCCACCACAGCUGUUGUUGAAACUACAACCUCACUUCCAGGGGUCACAACAAAAAGUCCAGAAACAACAGUUGUCACAUCCAAACCUUCUGUUAGUACAAGUACUACUGAAAUACCAUCAACUACCACAAAGGGAACCACCACUAAACCAGGAGAAACAACCAUAUCAGAGGAAACAACCGUAAAGGCUGAGACAACAAAGCCACCUAAAGAAGUCACCACUGGCCCAGUCACAACCUCCACCACAGCUGUUGUUGAAACUACAACCUCACUUCCAGGGGUCACGACAAAAAGUCCAGAAACAACAGUUAUCACAUCCAAACCUUCUGUUAGUACAAGUACUACUGAAAUACCAUCAACAACCACAAAGGGAACCACCACCAAACGUGGAGAAACAACCACAUCAGAGGAAACAACAAUAAAGGUUGAAACAACAAAGCCACCAAAAGUAACCACUGGUCCAGUCACAACCUCCACCACAGCUGUUGUUGAAACUACAACCUCAUUGCCAGGGGUCACUACAACAAGUCCAGAAACAGUUGUCACAUCCAAGCCUUCUGUUGGUACAAGUACUACUGAAGUACCAUCAACAACCACAAAGGGAACCACCACCAAACGUGGAGAAACUACCAUAUCAGAGGAAACAACUGUGACGGUUGAGACAACAAAACCACCUAAAGAAGUCACCACUGGCCCAGUCACAACCUCCACCACAGCUGUUGUUGAAACUACAACCUCAUUGCCAGGGGUCACUACAAAAAGUCCAGAAACAACAGUGGUCACAUCCAAACCUUCUGUUCGUACAAGCACUACUACAGUACCAUCAACAACUACAAAGGGAACCACCACCAAACGUGGAGAAACUACCAUAUCAGAGGAAACAACUGUGACGGUUGAGACAACAAAACCACCUAAGGAAGUCACCUCUGGCCCAGUCACAACCUCCACCACAGCUGUUGUUGAAACUACAACCUCAUUGCCAGGAGUCACGACAAAAGGUCCAGAAACAACAGUGGUCACAUCCAAACCUUCUGUUGGUACAAGUACUACUGAAAUACCAUCAACAUCCACAAAGGGAACCACCACCAAACGUGGAGAAACAACCACAUCAGAGGAAACAACCGUAAAGGUUGAGACAACAAAGCCACCGAAAGUAACCACUGGUCCAGUCACAACCUCCACCACAGCUGUUGUUGAAACUACAACCUCACUUCCAGGGGUCACAACAAAAAGUCCAGAAACAACAGUUGUCACAUCCAAACCUUCUGUUAGUACAAGUACUACUGAAAUACCAUCAACAACCACAAAGGGAACCACCACCAAACGUGGAGAAACAACCACAUCAGAGGAAACAACAAUAAAGGUUGAAACAACAAAGCCACCAAAAGUAACCACUGGCCCAGUCACAACCUCCACCACAGCUGUUGUUGAAACUACAACGUCAUUGCCAGGGGUCACUACAAAAAGUCCAGAAACAACAGUGGUCACAUCCAAACCUUCUGUUCGUACAAGUACUACUACAGUACCAUCAACAACUACAAAGGGAACCACCACCAAACGUGGAGAAACUACCAUAUCAGAGGAAACAACUGUGACGGUUGAGACAACAAAACCACCUAAGGAAGUCACCACUGGCCCAGUCACAACCUCCACCACAGCUGUUGUUGAAACUACAACCUCAUUGCCAGGGGUCACUACAACAAGUCCAGAAACAGUUGUCACAUCCAAGCCUUCUGUUGGUACAAGUACUACUGAAAUACCAUCAACUACCACAAAGGGAACCACCACUAAACCUGGAGAAACAACCAUAUCAGAGGAAACAACCGUAAAGGCUGAGACAACAAAGCCACCUAAAGAAGUCACCACUGGCCCAGUCACAACCUCCACCACAGCUGUUGUUGAAACUACAACCUCACUUCCAGGGGUCACGACAAAAAGUCCAGAAACAACAGUUAUCACAUCCAAACCUUCUGUUAGUACAAGUACUACUGAAAUACCAUCAACAACCACAAAGGGAACCACCACCAAACGUGGAGAAACAACCACAUCAGAGGAAACAACAAUAAAGGUUGAAACAACAAAGCCACCAAAAGUAACCACUGGUCCAGUCACAACCUCCACCACAGCUGUUGUUGAAACUACAACCUCAUUGCCAGGGGUCACUACAACAAGUCCAGAAACAGUUGUCACAUCCAAGCCUUCUGUUGGUACAAGUACUACUGAAGUACCAUCAACAACCACAAAGGGAACCACCACCAAACGUGGAGAAACUACCAUAUCAGAGGAAACAACUGUGACGGUUGAGACAACAAAACCACCUAAAGAAGUCACCACUGGCCCAGUCACAACCUCCACCACAGCUGUUGUUGAAACUACAACCUCAUUGCCAGGGGUCACUACAAAAAGUCCAGAAACAACAGUGGUCACAUCCAAACCUUCUGUUCGUACAAGUACUACUACAGUACCAUCAACAACUACAAAGGGAACCACCACCAAACGUGGAGAAACUACCAUAUCAGAGGAAACAACUCUUACGGUUGAGACAACAAAACCACCUAAGGAAGUCACCUCUGGCCCAGUCACAACCUCCACCACAGCUGUUGUUGAAACUACAACCUCAUUGCCAGGAGUCACGACAAAAGGUCCAGAAACAACAGUGGUCACAUCCAAACCUUCUGUUGGUACAAGUACUACUGAAAUACCAUCAACAUCCACAAAGGGAACCACCACCAAACGUGGAGAAACAACCACAUCAGAGGAAACAACCGUAAAGGUUGAGACAACAAAGCCACCGAAAGUAACCACUGGUCCAGUCACAACCUCCACCACAGCUGUUGUUGAAACUACAACCUCACUUCCAGGGGUCACAACAAAAAGUCCAGAAACAACAGUUGUCACAUCCAAACCUUCUGUUAGUACAAGUACUACUGAAAUACCAUCAACAACCACAAAGGGAACCACCACCAAACGUGGAGAAACAACCACAUCAGAGGAAACAACAAUAAAGGUUGAAACAACAAAGCCACCAAAAGUAACCACUGGCCCAGUCACAACCUCCACCACAGCUGUUGUUGAAACUACAACCUCAUUGCCAGGGGUCACUACAACAAGUACAGAAACAGUUGUCACAUCCAAGCCUUCUGUUGGUACAAGUACUACUGAAGUACCAUCAACAACCACAAAGGGAACCACCACCAAACGUGGAGAAACUACCAUAUCAGAGGAAACAACUGUGACGGUUGAGACAACAAAACCACCUAAAGAAGUCACCACUGGCCCAGUCACAACCUCCACCACAGCUGUUGUUGAAACUACAACGUCAUUGCCAGGGGUCACUACAAAAAGUCCAGAAACAACAGUGGUCACAUCCAAACCUUCUGUUCGUACAAGUACUACUACAGUACCAUCAACAACUACAAAGGGAACCACCACCAAACGUGGAGAAACUACCAUAUCAGAGGAAACAACUGUGACGGUUGAGACAACAAAACCACCUAAGGAAGUCACCACUGGCCCAGUCACAACCUCCACCACAGCUGUUGUUGAAACUACAACCUCAUUGCCAGGGGUCACUACAACAAGUCCAGAAACAGUUGUCACAUCCAAGCCUUCUGUUGGUACAAGUACUACUGAAAUACCAUCAACUACCACAAAGGGAACCACCACUAAACCUGGAGAAACUACCAUAUCAGAGGAAACAACCGUAAAGGCUGAGACAACAAAGCCACCUAAAGAAGUCACCACUGGCCCAGUCACAACCUCCACCACAGCUGUUGUUGAAACUACAACCUCACUUCCAGGGGUCACGACAAAAAGUCCAGAAACAACAGUUAUCACAUCCAAACCUUCUGUUAGUACAAGUACUACUGAAAUACCAUCAACAACCACAAAGGGAACCACCACCAAACGUGGAGAAACAACCACAUCAGAGGAAACAACAAUAAAGGUUGAAACAACAAAGCCACCAAAAGUAACCACUGGUCCAGUCACAACCUCCACCACAGCUGUUGUUGAAACUACAACCUCAUUGCCAGGGGUCACUACAACAAGUCCAGAAACAGUUGUCACAUCCAAGCCUUCUGUUGGUACAAGUACUACUGAAGUACCAUCAACAACCACAAAGGGAACCACCACCAAACGUGGAGAAACUACCAUAUCAGAGGAAACAACUGUGACGGUUGAGACAACAAAACCACCUAAAGAAGUCACCACUGGCCCAGUCACAACCUCCACCACAGCUGUUGUUGAAACUACAACCUCAUUGCCAGGGGUCACUACAAAAAGUCCAGAAACAACAGUGGUCACAUCCAAACCUUCUGUUCGUACAAGUACUACUACAGUACCAUCAACAACUACAAAGGGAACCACCACCAAACGUGGAGAAACUACCAUAUCAGAGGAAACAACUGUGACGGUUGAGACAACAAAACCACCUAAGGAAGUCACCUCUGGCCCAGUCACAACCUCCACCACAGCUGUUGUUGAAACUACAACCUCAUUGCCAGGAGUCACGACAAAAGGUCCAGAAACAACAGUGGUCACAUCCAAACCUUCUGUUGGUACAAGUACUACUGAAAUACCAUCAACAUCCACAAAGGGAACCACCACCAAACGUGGAGAAACAACCACAUCAGAGGAAACAACCGUAAAGGUUGAGACAACAAAGCCACCGAAAGUAACCACUGGUCCAGUCACAACCUCCACCACAGCUGUUGUUGAAACUACAACCUCACUUCCAGGGGUCACAACAAAAAGUCCAGAAACAACAGUUGUCACAUCCAAACCUUCUGUUAGUACAAGUACUACUGAAAUACCAUCAACAACCACAAAGGGAACCACCACCAAACGUGGAGAAACAACCACAUCAGAGGAAACAACAAUAAAGGUUGAAACAACAAAGCCACCAAAAGUAACCACUGGCCCAGUCACAACCUCCACCACAGCUGUUGUUGAAACUACAACCUCAUUGCCAGGGGUCACUACAAAAAGUCCAGAAACAGUUGUCACAUCCAAGCCUUCUGUUGGUACAAGUACUACUGAAGUACCAUCAACAACCACAAAGGGAACCACCACCAAACGUGGAGAAACUACCAUAUCAGAGGAAACAACUGUGACGGUUGAGACAACAAAACCACCUAAAGAAGUCACCACUGGCCCAGUCACUAAUUCCACCACAGCUGUUGUUGAAACUACAACCUCAUUGCCAGGGGUCACUACAAAAAGUCCAGAAACAACAGUGGUCACAUCCAAACCUUCUGUUCGUACAAGUACUACUACAGUACCAUCAACAACUACAAAGGGAACCACCACCAAACGUGGAGAAACUACCAUAUCAGAGGAAACAACUGUGACGGUUGAGACAACAAAACCACCUAAGGAAGUCACCUCUGGCCCACUCACAACCUCCACCACAGCUGUUGUUGAAACUACAACGUCAUUGCCAGGAGUCACGACAAAAGGUCCAGAAACAACAGUGGUCACAUCCAAACCUUCUGUUGGUACAAGUUCUACUGAAAUACCAUCAACAACCACAAAGGGAACCACCACCAAACGUGGAGAAAGUACCAUAUCAGAGGAAACAACUGUGACGGUUGAGACAACAAAACCACCUAAAGAAGUCACCACUGGCCCAGUCACAACCUCCACCACAGCUGUUGUUGAAACUACAACCUCAUUGCCAGGAGUCACGACAAAAGGUCCAGAAACAACAGUGGUCACAUCCAAACCUUCUGUUGGUACAAGUACUACUGAAAUACCAUCAACAUCCACAAAGGGAACCACCACCAAACGUGAAGAAACAACCACAUCAGAGGAAACAACCGUAAAGGUUGAGACAACAAAGCCACCGAAAGUAACCACUGGUCCAGUCACAACCUCCACCACAGCUGUUGUUGAAACUACAACCUCAUUGCCAGGGGUCACGACAAAGAGUCUAGAAACAACAGUUGUCACAUCCAAACCUUCUGUUGGUACAAGUACUACUGAAGUACCAUCAACAACCACAAAGGGAACCACCACCAAACGUGGAGAAACAACCACAUCAGAGGAAACAACAAUAAAGGUUGAAACAACAAAGCCACCAAAAGUAACCACUGGCCCAGUCACAACCUCCACCACAGCUGUUGUUGAAACUACAACCUCAUUGCCAGGGGUCACUACAACAAGUCCAGAAACAGUUGUCACAUCCAAGCCUUCUGUUGGUACAAGUACUACUGAAAUACCAUCAACUACCACAAAGGGAACCACCACUAAACCUGGAGAAACUACCAUAUCAGAGGAAACAACUGUGACGGUUGAGACAACAAAACCACCUAAAGAAGUCACCACUGGCCCAGUCACAACCUCCACCACAGCUGUUGUUGAAACUACAACCUCAUUGCCAGGGGUCACUACAACAAGUCCAGAAACAACAGUGGUCACAUCCAAACCUUCUGUUCAUGCAAGUACUACUACAGUACCAUCAACAACUACAAAGGGAACCACCACCAAACGUGGAGAAACUACCAUAUCAGAGGAAACAACUGUGACGGUUGAGACAACAAAACCACCUAAGGAAGUCACCACUGGCCCAGUCACAACCUCCACCACAGCUGUUGUUGAAACUACAACCUCAUUGCCAGGAGUCACGACAAAAGGUCCAGAAACAACAGUGGUCACAUCCAAACCUUCUGUUGGUACAAGUACUACUGAAAUACCAUCAACAUCCACAAAGGGAACCACCACCAAACGUGAAGAAACAACCACAUCAGAGGAAACAACCGUAAAGGUUGAGACAACAAAGCCACCAAAAGUCACCACUGGCCCAGUCACAACCUCCACCACAGCUGUUGUUGAAACUACAACCUCAUUGCCAGGGGUCACUACAAAAAGUCCAGAAACAACAGUGGUCACAUCCAAACCUUCUGUUCGUACAAGUACUACUACAGUACCAUCAACAACCACAAAGGGAACCACCACCAAACGUGGAGAAACUACCAUAUCAGAGGAAACAACUGUGACGGUUGAGACAACAAAACCACCUAAGGAAGUCACCUCUGGCCCAGUCACAACCUCCACCACAGCUGUUGUUGAAACUACAACCUCAUUACCAGGAGUCACGACAAAAGGUCCAGAAACAACAGUGGUCACAUCCAAACCUUCUGUUGGUACAAGUACUACUGAAAUACCAUCAACAACCACAAAGGGAACCACCACCAAACGUGGAGAAAGUACCAUAUCAGAGGAAACAACUGUGACGGUUGAGACAACAAAACCACCUAAAGAAGUCACCACUGGCCCAGUCACAAUCUCCACCACAGCUGUUGUUGAAACUACAACCUCAUUGCCAGGGGUCACUACAAAAAGCCCAGAAACAACAGUGGUCACAUCCAAACCUUCUGUUCGUACAAGUACUACUAAAGUACCAUCAACAACCACAAAGGGAACCACCACCAAACGUGGAGAAACAACCACAUCAGAGGAAACAACUGUGACGGUUGAGACAACAAAACCACCUAAGGAAGUCACCACUGGCCCAGUCACAACCUCCACCACAGCUGUUGUUGAAACUACAACCUCAUUGCCAGGGGUCACGACAAAAAGUCCAGAAACAACAGUGGUCACAUCCAAACCUUCUGUUGGUACAAGUACGACUAAAAUACCAUCAACUACCACAAAGGGAACCACCACUAAACAUGGAGAAACAACCAUAUCAGAGGAAACAACCGUAAAGGUUGAGACAACAAAGCCACCGAAAGUAACCACUGGUCCAGUCACAACCUCCACCACAGCUGUUGUUGAAACUACAACCUCAUUGCCAGGGGUCACAACAAAGAGUCUAGAAACAACAGUUGUCACAUCCAAACCUUCUGUUGGUACAAGUACUACUGAAGUACCAUCAACAACCACAAAGGGAACCACCACCAAACGUGAAGAAACUACCAUAUCAGAGGAAACAACUUUUAUGGUUGAGACAACAAAACCACCUAAGGAAGUCACGACUGGCCCAGUCACAACCUCCACCACAGCUGUUGUUGAAACUACAACCUCAUUGCCAGGGGUCACGACAAAGAGUCUAAAAACAACAGUUGUCACAUCCAAACCUUCUGUUGGUACAAGUACUACUGAAAUACCAUCAACAACCACAAAGGGAACCACCACCAAACGUGGAGAAACAACCACAUCAGAGGAAACAACAAUAAAGGUUGAAACAACAAAGCCACCAAAAGUAACCACUGGCCAACUCACAACCUCCACCACAGCUGUUGUUGAAACUACAACCUCAUUGCCAGGGGUCACUACAUCAAGUCCAGAAACAGUUGUCACAUCCAAGCCUUCUGUUGGUACAAGUACUACUGAAAUACCAUCAACUACCACAAAGGGAACCACCACUAAACCUGGAAAAACAACCAUAUCAGAGGAAACAACCGUAAAGGCUGAGACAACAAAGCCACCUAAGGAAGUCACCACUGGCCCAGUCACAACCUCCACCACAGCUGUUGUUGAAACUACAACCUCAUUGCCAGGAGUCACGACAAAAAGUCCAGAAACAACAGUGGUCACAUCCAAACCUUCUGUUAGUACAAGUACUACUGAAAUACUCUCAACAACCACAAAGGGAACCACUACCAAACGUGAAGAAACAACCAUAUCAGAGGAAACAACAACAAAGGUUGAAACAACAAAGUCACCGAAAGUCACCACUGGGCCAGUCACAACCUCCACCACAGCUGUUGUUGAAACUACAACCUCAUUGCCAGGGGUCACUACAACAAGUCCAGAAACAACAGUGGUCACAUCCAAACCUUCUGUUGGUACAACUAAAACACCAUCAAAAACCACUGCAGGUGUAGUCACAGGAAGGCCCCAAACAACAACUGAAAUAACAAUGCCUUCUGUUUUGAACACAACAACUUCCACUGAAACUACAGGAACAACAGCGAUAGGUACUACAUCUAUUGGCCCAAUAACACAGACACUUCCAGGCUUUACAACUGUCUACACUACUGGUUCAACCUCUACCAUACCAGUCAAACCCACAGCAUCCAUGUUUACUACAACACUAUGUGCCUGCAUUGUCAAUGGAACUUCAUAUCGUCCAGGUGACUUGGUGUACAAUGUCACUGAUGGCUUAGGCUGGUGUUUCGUUGCAUAUUGCAAUGCAUCUUGUAAAGUUGCAACACAAUCCAGUCUAUGUCCGACAACACCAAUACCCAGCACAACUGCACGUUCUACAUUGUUCAGCACAACUACAAAGGCUUCAAUUUCAACUUUAGUUCCUCCCACUACAACUAUUCCUACCUCCACUUCCACUCCAUCAACAACUACCUUGGACUGCAAUGAUGUAUAUCCACCGAGAAAGGAUGGAGAGUCGUGGAAGGUUGGCAACUGCACCACAGCUACGUGUGCCAAUGGCAAGGUCACAGAGACACCUACUCCCUGUCCCACAGUACAGCAACCCAUCUGUGCCAAUGGACGUAAAGUUGUCAAGGUCUAUGAUUCUAAUGGAUGCUGCUUCCACUAUGAAUGUGAAUGUGUGUGCAGUGUCUGGGGUGGAUCCCACUACAAGACAUUUGAUGGAAAAUCAUACAGUUUCAAGGAGAACUGCUCUUACUACCUGGUCAAAGAGAUUAUUACCAAAUAUAACCUGACUAUUAUAUCAGAUAACCAUGACUGUGAUCCUUCAGACAGCACAUUCUGUCCCCAGACUCUUACUGUUACAUAUCAAUCCUAUAAGGUAGCACUGACUCAGUUGAAGACUUCAGGAACAGUAGCUAAUGUGGUGUAUGUGAAUCAGAAACGUAUCUAUCCUGCUUACAGCAAUUCUGUCCUGCGGCUCACUAGCACAGAUAUGGUCAUAACAUUGGAGAUACCACAGAUCAACACAAAAGUGGUCUAUACUGGCUCCUCAUUCAGCAUUGACCUUCCCAUUUCCCUCUUUGGUGGGAACACUGAGGGACAGUGUGGGACCUGUGACAACUCCCAGACCAACGACUGCCGUUCUCCCAAUGGCCAGGUGGAAAGCUGCUCAGACUCUGCAGGCCAGUGGCAUGUCCCAGGUACACCCUGUGUCAACCCCACAAUCCCACCUACAACAACUACAACAACAGCACCCAGGACCACCUCAAAACCACCAUACUCAACAACACAGCCCAUUUGCAAACCUGCCAUCUGUGAUCUCCUGACAAGCAGUGUAUUUGCAAAAUGCCACACAGUCAUAUCCCCAGGAUCGUUUGUGACAUCCUGUGUGUCUGACAUUUGCAAUGGUGGCAAUAACAGCUGCUCCAGCCUGGAGGCCUAUGCCACUGAGUGUUCUAAUGCAGGAGUCUGCAUUGACUGGAGGAAUGACACCAAUGGGCAGUGUGAGCACAAGUGUCCAAGCAACAAAGUGUAUAUGGCCUGUGGCCCUGAUGUAGAGCCUACAUGCAAUGACAGAUACAACAAGAAGUUCCAAGCAGAAAGUGGGGCAUCUGCUACCCACUUUAAGGAGGGUUGCUUCUGUCCUCAAGGCACCACCUUAUUCAACACAGUCUAUGAGACAUGUGUUACCUCCUGUGAUUGUAUUGGACCUGAUGGAAAGCCCAAACAGCCUGGUGACACAUGGAUAAGUGGCUGCAACACCUGUGUGUGCGACAAGGACUCCAUGAGCGUCCAGUGUCAGCCUGUUCACUGCCCAUCAGUACAGAGCCCCAUCUGCAGCAAGCCUGGCCAGCAGCUGGUCAACAAGACAGAUGGCUGCUGCACAACACAGUCAUGUGAAUGCAACAUCAACCUGUGUCCCGCUCCUAUCACGUGCCCAUUGGGCUUCCAACUCACUGUCACCAACGGCACCUGCUGCCAAUCCUACAAGUGUGUACCUAAAGGUGUAUGUGUCUAUGACAUGACUGAGUACAAGCCUGGUGCCAAGAUACCAACACCACAAACACCAUCAGAACCACCAUUAGAAGCACCAUCAACACCAAAGCAAAAAUCAGGAACAACAACACCACCAUCAGGACUGGGACAACCAUCGGGAACAACAGCACCACCAUCAGGACCAGGACAACCAUCAGGACCAGGACAACCAUCGGGAACAACGGCACCACCAUCAGGAACAGGACAACCAUCAGGAACAACAGCACCACCAUUAGGACCAGGACAACCAUCGGGAACAACAGCACGACCAUCAGGACCAGGACAACCAUCGGGAACAACAGCACCACCAUCAGGACCAGGACAACCAUCGGGAACAACAGCACCACCAUCAGGACCAGGACAACCAUCAGGGACAACAAUAGCACCAUCCGAAGAAACCAUAGAGUCUUUUAAACCUGGGCCCUGCCAGGAGUGUUACUGUGGCCCCAAAAUGGAUCCCAUCACCAAGCUGAACAUCAUUACCUGCAAACCCAUUGUCUGCAACACAAACUGCUCUGAAGGUUAUGAAUAUCAGACUGUACCUGGCAAGUGCUGUGGGACGUGUGUCCAGAAGAGCUGUAUUAUCACCACACCUGACAACACAACACACAUCACUGAGGUCAACAACACCUUUGUACCCCCCAAUGACAAGUGUGUGAAAUAUACCUGUGAGAAGGUCAAUGGACAGCUUGUUACCAAGGAGACCAAGACCACCUGUCCUCCCUUUAACCCCUUGGACUGUGAACCUGGCACCAUGACAACUGACACAAACGGAUGCUGCAAAACCUGCAAACUGCGCAGUGUCUGUGAGGUCCAGAGUAAGCAGACAGUCAUUGAAGUGAACGGCUGUAAGAGCAUGCAGCCGGUUAACAUGACAUCCUGCGCCGGACACUGUGGGAGCUCAUCCAUGUAUUCUGCAGCGGCUAACAUGAUGAUGCACCUGUGUGAGUGUUGCCAAGAGGCCACCACCAGUCAGAGGCAGGUGGCGCUGACCUGUGCUGACAGCUCCAAGGUCCAGCACAUCUACACCAUAGUGGAAACGUGCAGCUGCAGCAAAACAGAGUGUGUGCAGAGGACCACGCCCAAAUCACAGCGCCGCCGGAGACGCUGAUCACUUACUGCUUUACAGUAACUGAUCAGCUGACUGAAACCUUACAGACACUAUGCAAGACUUCAACUUAAACUUUCUUUCUCAUGUCAGGUUUUAUUGUUUAUAGCCCAACAUGUGCUAUUUUUCCAGUGUCACAACAUACUACUGUGAUGUAAACUUUCUUAGUUUAGGA